UUGUCAUGUUGGAAAUUUUAGAAUGUACUUCGAAGCUUGUUUACUUAUAUUAUAACUGGAUGUAAAUAAAACAUAAAAUCAUAGUAAAAAGAGUUUUUGUUUUACUGUUCAUAAAUUUCAAAUUUAUUAAUGUAGCCUUAUGUAGCUGUUUACAAAAACUACCUACUUCGUAAAAUCAUUCAAAACAAAGAAAAUGAGUCAUGAGGUUCAUCAGGAGCAAGAGCUUGAAAAUCCAAGUAGCAGAGAUGCUCAGAUUGACUUAUUUAAUUUAAUUGGAGGAAGCUGGCCACCAGCUCCAAGGGAACCUGAGCAUCCAGAGUAUGGAUCAGUACCACUCAGUCCUAGACGCAAUAUGCAACGAACAAAUCAUCCUGAACGGGUCAAAUCUGUAAAUAUAAUUAACCAUAUAACACCAGAAAGGCGUAGAAAUAGACCUACUACAUCUUCAAAUAUACAGAUUACCGAAGAUUACUCUCAGAAUACAAAGAUGGUCUAUGAAAAUAAAAAAAAUGAAACUGGUCUCUUGGUUGACGUCUCCAGCGGAGAUGGUCCUGAGGAGUUGUAUGAUUCUCCGUCCUUGGGAUCGCCUCGAGCGAUAACAUCAAACACGAAACCUUCGUGCCAGUCUCCUGAGCACCUGCAAGAUGAUAUCGGGGUCGGAUCGCUCGUAGAAGUCGCGACUGACGUCGAUCAAAAUUACUACGGCGUCGUUAGGUGGAUUGGUCUUAUCGAAGACAUAGCGACGGCGGGCGUGGAGCUGGAGCAGAGCGUGUGCGGGCUGGGCGACGGCAGCCACAAGGGCACGCGCCUGUUCUCGUGCGGCGCGAGCCGCGCGCUGUUCGUGCCGCUGCCGCUGUGCCGCCGCGACGCGCGCUUCCGGGACACGCCGCCGCCCGAGCCGCUGCGCGACGAGCGCUACGACCAGCCGGAUUGUCCCGUGGUCACCGGUGUGGUUCCACCAUUAAAUUCGCUCGGUGAACUUGCGGGAAAGAAUCGAGGAAUACAGGGACACCACAACUCGUGCUACCUCGACGCCACGCUCUUCGCCAUGUUCACGUUUACCAGCGUGUUCGACGCGCUGCUGUACCGGCCGCCGGAGCCCGAGGACUCGCCGCACUACUCGGAGGUGCAGCGCGUGCUGCGCGAGGAGGUGGUGAACCCGCUGCGGCGCCACGGGUACGUGCGCGCCGACCGCGUCAUGAAGCUGCGCACGCUGCUCGAGCGCCUGUCCGACGUGCCCGGCCUCACCUCCGAGGAGAAGGAUCCAGAAGAAUUUCUGAACGGAUUGGUUGCACAGUUACUAAGAGCAGAGCCAUUUCUUAAAUUAUCCUCCGGUCAAGAAGCGUACUGUUACCAGCUUUUCGUCGAAAAAGACGAACACAUAACAUUACCGAGCGUGCAACAGUUAUUGGAACAAUCUUUUGCCACGUCCGGAGUGAAACUCAGCGAAGUCCCAGCUGCAUUUAUUAUUCAAAUGCCUCGGUUUGGUAAACAAUACAAGUUGUAUCAGCGAGUUCAGCCAUCUCCAUUGUUGGACGUCACUGAUCUUAUAGAAGGAUUGCCGCGGCAGUGCGCAGUGUGUGGCUCGCUGGCGCGCUGGGAGUGCGGCGCGUGCGCGGCGGGCGGCGCGCUGGACGCGGGCGCGCUGUGCGCCGCGUGCCUGCGCCUCGCGCACGCCGCGCGCCCCGACCACAAGGCCACACCUUUAUCUGUUUGCGAAGAGUAUGUUAACAUUCUCGAGACGUCACCUAUUCCGCGCGUGUACAUGGAGCUGUUCGCGGUACUAUGUAUAGAAACUAGCCACUACGUGGCAUUCGUGAAGACGGGCGCCGGGCACGACGCGCCUUGGUGCUUCUUCGACUCAAUGGCUGACAGGAAAGGCGAGCGCAACGGCUACAACAUCCCGGAGAUAGUGGAGAUCUCGGAGCUGUGCGCGUGGCUGAGCGAGGAGGGGCGCGCGCUGCACGCCGCCGCGCCGCUCGACCGCCACCUGCCCGCGCCCGCCAAGCGCCUGCUGGCCGACGCCUACAUGUGCUUCUACCGCAGCCCCGACCUCGCUAUGUACCGGUAGUCCGAUGGACUGUCCGCCCGUCACCUUCCACCGUCACUAUAUAUACGGACUUGUCUAAAUACUUGUUCUCGUCAGUUCCAAGAAUUGUUCAAUAUUUAAAAAAAUAUGGUUGAUUGGUUGGUUAUUCUAUAUGUCAUGUUAGAACAUUUGAUUAUUGAUCUAUACAAUUCAUUUUCUAUAAGGGGAGUGUGCAAUCCUGUCCCUGCCUGGCUAUGCUUACUAAGUACCAUGUGUCUGAAGUUUUGGUACUUCCACUAGUUAUAAUGUAUUAAUUUACAUAUGCAUUAGAGAGUAUUGAAUAUUUUAGUUAUAGCAAUUGAGGCUUUGUGCUUAUUGUAAGUAAAAAAACCACUUAGGUUUUGAUGAGUUAUUAAUACAGUAAUGUAUCAUGCGUUAAAAAACUAUGCACUCUAGUCCAUUGACAAUACUGACCAUACCUUUUUUCUAUUGUGAUAUUCAUUAAAUAUAAAAUCAUAUAAAUAUAACCAUUCCAAAAUAAAAUACACAUUUAUCAAAAUUAAUUUAUUAUUUAUUAAACUUAAAUCAUAAUUUUAUUGUGU